AUGGUGUCCGACCUGGAGCGAUAUGUGUCGGACAAUGCCCUUCAGUUCUUUGGUGUAUCUGAGAAGCGCAUGGUCGACUUUAUUAUAGCUUCAGCGACCAAGGCGAAAUCACCCGACGCAUUCUACUCUACACUCAGCGCCUCCGGCCUUUCGGACUCGGCUGCCGCACAGUCAUUCGCCUCUGAGGUCUACAACCGUGUCCCUCGCAAACACAAAACGAAGAAACCCGAAGAUGUCGCUCGCAAGUUGGCCGAGAAGGAGGCGAAGAUGCUACAAAAGCAGCAAUUCGCAUAUUUGUUGGACGACGACGGCGCGGCAGGGAGUGCGGGAGACGUGAAGGCAGACAAGGGGAAAGGAAAGGACAAGGAGAAGCGGUCGUCGCGGCCCACGCGAAAGCGGGAGCUGGACGGGAAGGAGUGGGAAGACGACGAGGAGGUGCAGGCGAGGAAACGGUGGAAGGGCGACGAGGACGAGCCGGUGCGGGCACGUGAGCCAGAGCCGGAAGAGGACAUGGACCUGGGCGAGGACGAGGAGACGCGGAGAGAGCGCGAGCGGCUGGAGGAUCUGAAGGAACGUGACGAGUUUGCGGAGCGUGUGAAGAAUAGGGACAAGGACAAACAGAAGAAGAUCGUCGAGGACAGGUCGUCCGCAAAGACGUCCGUCGCAGCCUUGGACGCGGCAGAACGUCGACGGCUCGCGGACGAUGCCGACGCGCGCUCAGCCGCAUUGCCCUCCAUCCGUCAACAUGCUCGUCAGGAAUAUCUCACGAAGCGUGAGCUGCAACAAGUCGAGCUUCUGCGCAAGGAGAUAGCAGAUGAAGCAGAGUUGUUCCGCGGAAUGAAAGUCACGAAGCGCGAAAUGCGGGAACACGAGCACAAGAAGGAAGUCUUGCGCCUAGUCGAGGAGAGGCUACGGAUCGACGACAAGUGGGACGGGUACAUGUUACCUGAGGACUACAUUACCGAGCAGGGCAAGAUCGACAAGAAGCGCAAGCAGAAUGUGCUAUACCAGCGGUACGAGGAUGCCAAACCCAAAGACGACCAGUUCGUGACGGAUGUCGACCAGUGGGAAGCCAGCCAGACGCAACACAGCACGUUUAAGACCGGCGCGAUGGACAAGCCAGAGCUCGUGGAGCAGUUCGAUUAUGUCUUCGACGAGAGCCAGAUGAUCCAGUUCGUCUCGCUGGAUAAGCAAGAGGGUACCAAGAUGAGCGCUGCCGACAAGAUGCUACAACAGCAGAUCGAGGAGGCAGAGAAGCGAGUGGCGUCUAUCGAUGCAACCCGGAAGUCGUUGCCCAUCUACACCUUCCGCGAGGAGAUUUUGGAAGCCGUCAAGGAGCAUCAAGUCCUCAUUGUCUGCGCCGAGACCGGUUCUGGCAAGACCACGCAACUUCCACAGUACCUUCACGAAGCUGGUUACACCGCCAACGGCAUGAAGAUCGGCUGUACGCAACCUCGUCGAGUCGCCGCGAUGUCCGUAGCCGCUCGCGUGGCUGAAGAGGUCGGCACGAAGGUCGGAUACGAGGUCGGAUACUCCAUUCGCUUCGAGGAUGCCACUAGUGACAAGACCGUCAUCAAAUACAUGACAGACGGCAUGCUGCUGCGAGAGUUCCUCACUGAGCCCGAUCUGGCGUCAUACUCGUGUCUCAUCAUUGAUGAGGCACACGAGCGUACACUCAGCACAGACAUUCUGUUCGCUUUGGUCAAGGAUAUUGCCCGCUUCAGGCCAGACUUGCGUUUACUCAUCUCCAGCGCGACCUUGGACGCCGAGAAGUUCAGCGAGUACUUCGACGAUGCGCCGAUCUUCAACGUCCCCGGUCGUCGUUACCCCGUGGAGAUUCUCUACACGCCUCAACCCGAGGCCAACUACCUUCACGCCGCCAUCACGACCGUCUUUCAGAUUCACACGACUCAGCCCAAAGGCGACAUUCUUGUCUUCUUCACCGGUCAAGACGAGAUCGAAGCUGCAAUGGAGAACCUACAAGAGACUGCACGAGCACUAGGCAAUAAGGUCCCCGAGCUUAUCGUCGCGCCCAUCUACGCCAACUUGCCGAGCGAUAUGCAGUCGAAGAUCUUCGAGCCUACACCCGAAGGCGCGAGGAAAGUUGUUCUUGCAACCAACAUCGCUGAGACGUCUAUCACCAUUGAUGGUAUCGUGUUCGUCAUCGACCCGGGCUUCGUCAAGCAGAACGCCUACAACCCGCGAACGGGUAUGUCAAGUCUCGUCAUCGUCCCCUGUUCCCGUGCCGCCGCCAAUCAACGCGCUGGUCGUGCCGGCCGUGUCGGUCCCGGUAAAGCCUUCCGGCUGUAUACCAAGUGGGCGUUCCAGAACGAGCUGGAGAUGAACACCGUACCCGAGAUUCAGCGCACAAACUUGAACAUGGUCGUAUUGGUGCUCAAGUCACUGGGUAUCAACGACCUCAUCGGCUUCGAGUUCAUGGACCCUCCGCCCGGGGAGACGCUCAUGCGCGCGCUGGAGCUGCUCUACGCGCUUGGAGCGCUCAACGACCGAGGAGAGCUAACGAAGCUCGGACGUCGGAUGGCCGAGUUCCCCGUCGACCCUAUGCUCAGCAAAGCGAUCAUCGCGUCGGAGGGCUACAACUGUACUGAUGAGGUCCUCACCAUCAUCUCCAUGCUCCAAGAGUCCGGCUCGAUCUUCUACCGUCCUAAAGACAAGAAGCUGCACGCGGACCAGGCGCGGCAGAACUUCGUGAAGGCUGGAGGAGACCAUUUCACGCUGUUGAACGUUUGGGAGCAGUGGGCCGACACGAACUAUAGCCAGCAGUUUUGCUACGAGCAGUUCUUGCAGUAUAAGAGCUUGUGUAGGGCGAGGGAUAUUCGGGAUCAGCUGGCGGGGCUUUGUGAGAGGGUGGAGAUUGUUGUGGAAGGGAACCCUAACCAGAACGAUAUCACACCGAUCCAGAAGGCCAUGACGGCGGGAUACUUCUACAAUACGGCUUCACUGCAGAAGAGCGGCGACUCGUACCGCACACUAAAGACCAACCAGACGGUGUACAUUCACCCGUCGUCGAGCUUGUUCCAACAUCAACCGCCGGUCAAGGCCGUCCUAUACUACGAGCUGGUCAUGACGUCCAAGUCUUAUCUCCGCUCGGUCAUGGAGAUCAAACCAUCAUGGCUCUUGGAAGUCGCGCCUCACUACUUCAAACCCGCGGACCUCGAGCAAUUGGCGAAGGGAGACAAGAAGAUGCCGAAGCAGGUCCAAGCCGCACCAGCCAGGAUCGUUGGCCCGACAUAG